CCCCGCGCAGGCGCAGACCGGUCGCUCCCAGCCGAGUGGCGGGAAAGUCUGCGGCCCCGCACCUCAGGGCCGCCGGUUGUCCGAGGCUCCGGGAAACUCAUGGAGAGCAGGCCUCGCCAUUUCAUCUCCUGUCUGGACCGCCCGACCUCCUCGUAGUUAGGUCUCUGGUGUCUGAACUUGUCCAUGAUGAACUGUGAACUUCUAGCCACGUGUAGUGCCCUUGGGUACUUGGAAGGGGACACCUAUCACAAGGAGCCAGAUUGCUUAGAGAGUGUGAAGGAUCUGAUCCGCUACUUGAGGCAUGAGGACGAGACGAGAGACGUGCGGCAGCAACUGGGGGCUGCACAGAUCCUGCAGAGUGACCUCCUGCCCAUCCUCACCCAGCACCGCGGCGACAAGCCCCUCUUCGAUGCUGUUAUCAGGCUGAUGGUGAAUUUGACUCAGCCAGCCUUGCUCUGUUUUGGCAGCGUGCCUAAGGACCCCAGUGUGCGGCACCAUUUCCUGCAGGUUCUAAGUUACCUGCAGGCCUACAAAGAGGCCUUUGCCAGUGAGAAGGCUUUUGGAGUCCUCAGUGAAACCUUGUAUGAGCUGCUGCAGCUGGACUGGGAGAAUCGGCAGGAAGAAGACAACUUGCUGAUUGAACGGAUCCUGCUGUUGGUCAGAAAUAUUCUCCAUGUCCCAGCUGAUCUUGAGCAGGAGAAGAGGAUCGAUGACGAUGCCAGCAUCCAUGACCGGCUUCUGUGGGCGAUCCAUCUCAGCGGCAUGGACGACCUGCUCCUCUUCCUGGCCAGCUCCUCUGCCGAGCAACAGUGGAGUCUGCACGUGCUGGAGAUUGUUUCCCUCAUGUUCCGAGACCAGAUCCCUGAACAGCUAGCGGGAGUAGGGCAGGGACGCUUGGCUCAGGAGCGAAGCACAGAUGUGGCGGAACUGGAGGUUCUGCGCCAGCGGGAGAUGGCGGAGAAGAGAACUCGAGCCCUCCAGCGAGGCAACAGGCACUCUCGAUUUGGGGGCUCCUACAUUGUCAAGGGGCUGAAGUCCAUUGGGGAGAGGGACGUCAUCUUUCACAAAGGCCUUCACAAUCUCCGAAACUACAGUUCAGACCUGGGGAAGCAGCCCCGGAGGGUGCCGAAGCGUCGCCAGGCCGCCCAGGAGCUGGCCGUUCAUCGCCGCUCUGCCCUCAACGUGAGACUCUUCCUCAGGGACUUCUGCUCUGAGUUCCUGGAGAACUGUUACAACCCACUCAUGGGUGCAGUCAAGGAUCACCUGCUUCGGGAGCGAGCCCAGCAGCAUGAUGAGACCUACUACAUGUGGGCUUUAGCGUUCUUUAUGGCCUUCAACCGAACUGCCUCCUUCCGCCCUGGCUUUGUCUCCGAGACCCUCAGUGUCCGUACCUUCCACUUCGUGGAGCAGAACCUCACCAACUACUAUGAGAUGAUGCUGACUGACCGCAAGGAGGCUGCGUCCUGGGCACGCCGGAUGCAUCUGGCUCUAAAGGCCUAUCAGGAGCUCCUGGCCACUGUGAAUGAGAUGGACAUGUCCCCAGACGAGGCUGUGAGAGAGAGCAGCCGCAUCAUCAAAAACAACAUCUUCUAUGUGAUGGAGUAUCGAGAGCUCUUCCUGGCGCUCUUCCGGAAAUUCGAUGAGAGGUACCACCCACGUUCAUUCCUUCGUGACCUGGUGGAAACCACACAUCUCUUCCUCAAGAUGUUGGAGCGGUUCUGUAGGAGCCGUGGGAACCUUAUGGUGCAGAACAAAAGGAAAAAGAGAAAAAAGAAAAAGAAGGUUCAAGACCAAGGUGUUGCUUCUGGUAACGUCUCGCAUGGUCCUGAGGAGCUGGAGGCCAUGUGGCCAGCCCUGGAAGAACAGCUGCUGCGGUGUGCCCAGGACCCUGAGCUCAGUGUAGACUCCGUUGUUCCCUUUGAUGCGGCCUCAGAGGUGCCAGUGGAAGAGCAGCGGGUCGACGCCAUGGUGAAGAUCCAAGACUGCCUUCUGGCUGGCCAGGCGCCACAAGCCCUGGCCCUCCUGCGGUCUGCCCGGGAGGUGUGGCCUGAAGGAAGCGUGUUUGGCUCUCCACUCAUUUCCCCAGGGGAAGAAAUGCAGUUGCUGAAACAAAUCCUGGACGCGCCCCUUCCGAGGCAGCAGGAGCCGAUAGAAGGAGAUGCAGAGGAGGAGGAGGAGGAGGAAGAGGAGGAAGAGGAGUUGCAGGUGGUCCAGGUGUCGGAGAAAGAGUUUAAUUUUCUGGACUACCUGAAACGCUUUGCAUGCUCAACCAUUGUGCGAGCCUACAUGCUUCUGCUGCGGAGCUACCGGCAGAACAGCGCUCACACCAACCACUGUGUUGCCAAGAUGCUGCACCGGCUGGCCCAUGACCUGGGAAUGGAAGCCCUGCUUUUCCAGCUCUCGUUGUUCUGCCUCUUUAAUCGGCUGUUGAGUGACCCGGCUGCUGGAGCCUACAAAGAGCUGGUGACUUUUGCCAAAUACAUCAUUGGCAAGUUCUUCGCCUUGGCUGCAGUCAACCAGAAGGCUUUUGUGGAGCUGCUGUUCUGGAAGAACACUGCGGUGGUUCGAGAGAUGACUCAGGGAUAUGGCUCCCUGGACAGUGGCCACAGAGCCGCUGCGUGGAGCGCUGAGGAAGAGGCCCAGCUUCAGGAACUAUACCUCGCCCAUAAGGAAGUGGAAGGCCAAGAUGUGGUGGAAACCAUCCUCGCACAUCUGAGAACUCGAACACGCAAGCAGGUCAUCCACCAUCUGGUGCAGAUGGGCCUGGCCGACAGUGUCAAGGACUUCCAAAGGAAGGGGACCCGGAUUGUCUUGUGGACAGAGGAGCAGGAGCUGGAACUGCAGCGGCUCUUCGAGGAGUUUCGGGAUUCUGACGAUGUUCUUGGUCGUAUCAUGAAAAACAUCACAGCCAAGCGUUCUCGGGCUCGAAUAGUGGAUAAACUGCUGGCCCUGGGAUUGGUGUCUGAGCGGCGGCAACUAUACAAAAAACGAAGAAAGAAGUUGGAGCCCUCUUCCAUGUCAAAUGGAGAUGAGUCCCUGAAAGAUUCUUGGCAGGAAGAUCCUGGGGAGGAAGAAGAACAUUCGCCGGAGGAGGAGAGUGAGGAAGAUGAAGAGAAAGAGGAAGGCUUGGAAGCAGAAGCAGUUCAGGGUAGCUCGUUUUUCUCUGCUGAGGACCUUGGCCAGAGCCUGUGUCGGGAAGGCCUCUCCGCCCCCCUCCUGUGGCUCCAGAACUGCCUGGCUCGCGCAGCAGAUGACCGGGAAGAGGCUGGUUGCUCCCAAGGAGUCCCUUUGGUGCCUCUGACAGAGGAAAGUGAGGAAGCAAUGGAGAACGCACAGUUUCAGCAUCUUCUGCGCAAGCUCGGGAUCCGGCCCCCCAUCUCAGGGCAGGAAACCUUCUGGCGGAUUCCAGCCAAGCUGAGCUCCACCCAGCUUCGCAGAAUGGCAGCGUCUUUGAAUCAACAAGAAAAAGAGGAGGAGAGGGGAGAGGAGCCAGAGCACCACCCAGGAGUCCCUGGAGAGCGGAGUCCCAGUGAGCACCGAGCCAAGGCCCUGAGGGCCCUCUUGUCGGCCCGUAAGAAGAAAGCAGGCCUGGUGUCCCCAGAAGUUCUGUGUGUUAUAGCCACUUCAGAGGAAGAGACGCCUGCGGAGGAGGAACGGAAGAUCGUGCCCAGGAAGCGGGAGCUGCUGGACAGCGAUGAGGACGACGAGGGGCGGGGACCAGCAGCAGAGCUGGGGACUCCAGUAAUCCACAAGAAGAAACGGUUUCAAAUUGAGGAUGAUGAUGAUGACUGAAAGCCAGGUGCCUCUUCUGGAGACAGACACAGCUGGAGGCAUAGAAGCUGCUCUUCUCACAUUGAAAGUGCUGUUCCCUACACUGAUGGCUAGGAAUCUUAGGCAGCAGUGUUGGAUGGACUGUGUGGUCCAGUCCUGCCCCAGGUUCAUCUGUGUGUACAACUGGUCUCUGAAGAUGUAAUCUCUUCUGGGAACCGUUUCCUAGGAAACAGGAGUAAACGAGUUCCACAGGGCAGCCUGCACUCACUCCCCCCUUUUCGCUUUCUGCAGGAGGUGGGUCCCAUCCUCAGCCUCAUCCCUAGCGUCUAACAGUGCAUGGACGUGCUCAGCACCUUCAGAAGGCCCUAGGUUUCCUCCUUUUAUUUUUAUGACUGCUCCCAGGACACGUGGUUGAGCCCAUUCCUGCAGUUGAGGGAGAGUUGGCAUGCACUGCUCUGAAGAUAACAGACAUCCUUGAUUUGUGUCUCACAUUAAGCAUGUAGGAUUAAAACUUGCUGAUCUUGAUGUGACAUGUCACUCGGAGCUCUCCAACCUUCUCGUAUGUUUUUGGAAGAACUUUAAGGGUUAGAGUUAAAAUCAUCUGAGCUGAGCGUAAAGGCAGAGAAUUACCACAAGAGGAAGGGGAAAGCGUGGUUAUACCACCAAGCCUGACCCAAUAAAUGUAAUUUUAGAAAGAGAGACUUCUCUCUUCUUCCGACCUUCCCCCAUAAACACAAAAGCAGUGUUACCUCAAGAAGUUUCAUCUUACUGGCCAUAGGGUGCGUCCCGUUGGUUCAGCUCCUCAUGGGGGAUAAGAACAACUUGAAUUUGAGGCCAUCCUGGACAAGCUAGUGAAACUCUACCUUAAAAAACAAUAAACAGCAACAGAAAACAAAGUAAUAAAGUCAACCAAACAACAUCGAGAAUAAA